AUGCACAGGCACAUGCACCUACACAUACACAUACAUAAACAUCCACAUCCACAUCCACAUAUAUAUCCACAUCCACAUCCACAUCAAAAUCCAAAUCCACAUCCUCCACAUAUAUAUCCACAUCCACAUCCAUACACAUCUAUUCUAUAUGUGUGCAUGAGUAUAUUUAUGGCACUAUUAUAUUGGUCAUGUGUAUUACAUAUAAAUAAAAUGCUUAUAUUCAUGAAUAAUGUUGGUAAAUAA